AUGGGAAAACAGAGCACACAAGUGUCUGCCAUCAACUGCAUCAACCUAUACAACUCCGACAUCGACCAAUCCGUUCGUUUACUCAAACAGGCGUGUUUGGAUUCGGGUUUCUUCUACAUUGUCAACCAUGGCAUAAGCCAGGAAUUCAUGGAAGAGGUUUUUGCACAGAGCAAGAAGUUUUUCUCUCUUCCUCACCACGAAAAGAUGAAGGUUCUUAGGAAUGAAAAGCACAGGGGAUAUACCCCUCUUCUUGAUGAACUACUUGAUCCUGAAAACCAAGUUCGUGGAGACUAUAAAGAGGGGUAUUAUAUUGGAGUUGAAAAAGGUGAAGAUGACCCAGAAUCGAAGAAACCUUUCUUUGGCCAGAAUAAAUGGCCCGCACCAGAUGUUUUGCCGGGGUGGAGGAAGACCAUGGAAAAGUUCCAUCAAGAGACAUUAGAAGUGGGGAAAGCAGUUGCAAAGAUAAUAGCCCUUGCACUUGAUUUGGAUGAAAAGUUUUUUGACCAACCAAAAAUGCUUGGAGAGCCCAUUGCAACUCUACGUUUGCUGCAUUAUGAAGGUCAAAUCUCGGAUCCCUCAAAAGGAUUGUAUGGAGCUGGGGCUCAUACUGACUUUGGUUUAAUAACACUGUUGGCAACAGAUGAUGUCCCAGGCCUUCAAAUAUGCAAGAAUAAGGAAGCUAAACCUCAGAUAUGGGAGGAUGUGGCACCAUUGAAGGGAGCCUUCAUAGUGAAUCUUGGUGACAUGCUUGAGCGUUGGAGCAACUGUGUUUUUAAGUCCACACUGCACAGAGUUAUCGGAAAUGGUCAAGAAAGAUAUUCUAUUGCAUACUUCUUGGAGCCAAGUCAUGAUUGCCUAGUGGAAUGCUUGCCUACCUGCAAAUCAGAUAGUAAUCCCCCCAAAUAUCCUCCCAUCUUAUGCGGAGAUUACCUCACUCAGCGCUACCUUGACACUCAUGCUGAUUUGAAAGUUUACAAGAAACAGCAAGCUUGA